AGAAAUGUGAUGAGCCCUUGGUCACACCUCUCCCACAUGCUGCAUUUGCAAGUUCCUCCAUGUUGUCUGGCAGUUAUGCUCCGGGAUAUGCCAAGCUGAACAGAAGAGGAGGUGCUGGUGGCUGGUCUCCCUUGGACAGUGAUCAUUACCAGUGGCUGCAGGUGGAUCUUGGGAGCAGGAAACAAUUAACUGCCAUUGCAACACAGGGGAGGUAUAGCAGUUCUGAUUGGGUCACCCAAUUCAGGCUACUCUAUAGUGACACAGGAAGGAACUGGAAGCCAUAUCAUCAAGAUGGUAAUAUUUGGGCUUUUGUAGGCAACACCAAUACUGAAAGCGUGGUUCGCUAUGACUUGCAACAUUCAGUGGUUGCUCGUUACCUUCGCUUUGUACCUCUGGACUGGAAUGGAGAAGGACAGAUUGGACUCCGGAUUGAAGUAUAUGGUUGUCCUUAUUGGGCUGAUGUUAUUAACUUCGAUGGCAAUGGAGUGAUAUCAUACCGAUUCAAAAAUAAAAAAAUGAAAACUCUGAAGGAUGUCAUUUCCCUCAAGUUUAAAACCUCAGAAAGUGAAGGAGUUAUAUUCCAUGGAGAGGGACAGCAAGGAGACUACAUUACUCUGGAGCUCAAGAAAGCUAAGCUGACACUGCAGCUAAAUUUAGGAAGCAAUCAAUACGGUUCAAUCUAUGGCCACACAUCUGUCACAACAGGAAGCCUUUUGGAUGAUCAUCACUGGCAUUCUGUUGUUAUUGAGCGGUAUGGGAGAAAUAUUAAUCUGACACUGGAUAGACAUAUGCAACACUUCAGAACCAAUGGAGAAUUUGAUCACCUUGACUUGGAUUAUGAGCUUAGCUUUGGUGGAAUGCCUUUCUCUGGAAAACCAAGUUCGAGCAGCAGGAAAAAUUUCAAAGGUUGUAUGGAAAGCAUCAACUACAAUGGAAAUAAUAUCACUGACCUUGCUAGAAGGAAGAAAUUGGACACCUCUAAUGUGGGCAAUUUGAGCUUCACCUGUGUGGAACCCCAUUCAGUACCUGUUUUUUUCAAUGCCACUAGCUACUUGCAGCUUCCAGGCCAUCCAAACCAAGAUGUGAUGUCAGUGAGUUUCCAGUUCCGAACAUGGAAUCCAAAUGGCUUACUUCUGUAUUGCACUUUAGCAGAUGGCUUGGGAAUGGUUCAGAUUGACCUCAAUGAUGGCAAAGUCAGCGUGCAUAUUAAUGUUACACAAACCAAGAAAAGCCGGAUUGACAUUUCUUCAGGUUCGAGCCUCAAUGAUGGACAGUGGCACGAGGUUCGAUUUCAAGCCAAGGAAAACUUUGCCAUGCUCACUAUUGAUGGUGAUGAGGCUUCUGCUGUACGGACAAACAGUCCAAUCCAGAUCAAGACAGGAAAUCAGUAUUACUUUGGAGGAUACAUGCGCAGAAUAAAUGCAUCUAUCCUAGCUCCAACACUACGCUCUUUUCAAGGCUGCAUGCAGCUAAUCUAUGUGGAUAAUCAGCUGGUGGACCUGCAUUCUCUAGAACAACGUAAAGUGGGAAGCUUUGAAAACAUCAGCAUUGAUAUGUGUGCCAUCAUUGACAGGUGUAUGCCCAAUCACUGUGAACAUGGAGGCAAAUGCACACAGACAUGGGACAACUUUAAAUGUAAUUGUGAUGGUACAGGUUACAGUGGAGCCACCUGUCACAACUCUAUCUAUGAGCAAUCCUGUGAGGCAUACAAGCAUCUUGGAAAAACCUCCGACAGCUAUUGGAUAGAUCCAGAUGGCAGUGGGCCACUUGGGCAUUUUAAAGUAUACUGCAAUAUGACAGACGAUAAGGUGUGGACAACUAUAAUCCAUGACCUUCAACCACAGACAAGUGUAAGUGGUUCCACUCCUGAGAAGCCAAAAGAGCUGCAGCUGAAUUAUAGUGCAUCUAUGGACCAGAUAUCUGCUGUCACCUUCAGUGCAGAACACUGUGAGCAACAUAUCUCAUACUCGUGCAGGAUGUCCCGACUACUGAACACUCCAGAUGGUACACCUUAUACAUGGUGGGUGGGAAAAGGCAAUGAGAAGCAGUAUUACUGGGGAGGCUCGGCACCAGGCAUUCAGAAGUGUGCAUGUGGUAUUGAACGAAACUGCACAGACCCAAGGUUCUCCUGCAACUGUGAUGCAGACAACAAGCAAUGGAGGAAGGACACUGGGCUUUUAUCAUACAAGGAACAUUUACCAGUAAGUCAGUUAAUAAUUGGAGACACAAGUCGAUCAGGAUCUGAAGCAAAGUUGGCCAUUGGACCCUUGCGCUGUCAAGGAGAUCGUAAUUACUGGAAUGCUGCUUCAUUCAACACACCAUCUUCAUAUCUACACUUCUCUACUUUCCAAGGAGAGACAAGUGCUGAUAUUUCAUUUUAUUUUAAAACGUCUGCUACUUAUGGAGUGUUUCUGGAAAACCUGGGAAAUGCAGACUUCAUCCGUCUAGAACUAAAAUCUCCAACUUAUAUCUCCUUUUCCUUUGAUGUUGGGAAUGGCCCAGUUGAGCUUCUUGUUAGGUCUCUCUCCCCACUAAAUGACGACCAGUGGCACCAUGUUGUGGCAGAACGCAAUAUAAAACAGGCCAGUCUGCAGUUGGACCAUAUCUACAAGGAGGUUCGACAAGCACCAGCCCAAGGACACACAAGACUGGAGCUAUAUAGCCAACUAUAUGUUGGUGCUGCAGGAGGACACAGAGGAUUUCUUGGAUGCAUUCGCUCUUUAAAAAUGAAUGGUAUCACUCUUGACUUGGAAGAGCGAGCAAAGGUUACACCAGGAGUAAAUCCAGGCUGCUCUGGGCAUUGCACAAGUUACGGCAUGUACUGCCAGAAUGGGGGAACUUGUGUGGAGAAAUAUAAUGGAUAUUCAUGCAAUUGUUCCAAAACUGCCUUUGAUGGACCUUUCUGUACCAAAGAUGUUGGGGCCUUUUUUGAAGCAGGAACCUGGAUCAAAUACAGUAUACCUCAGCCGCCCAUUGCCAACUUGACUCGAGAAGAUCUUUCGCUCAGCUUUAGCACUACAAACACUCCUAGCAUCCUUAUGUACAUAGGGUCACAUAUACAGGAUUAUAUUGCAGUUGUUCUUCGCCACAAUGGAACUCUGCAAAUCCGCUACAAUUUGGGAGGUAUGAAAGAAGCUUUCAAGAUAGACCUUGACCACAGAAAUGUGGCUAAUGGACAGCCUCACAGUCUCAACAUUUCCAGACAUAAACGAGACAUCCAGCUACAGCUUGAUCAUUAUCCUCCAGUAAAUUACACUUUACCUGAAGCUGCGGAUAUCUAUUUUAAUUUAACGAAGACUUUAUUUCUUGGCAGAGUUGUAGAAACUGGAAAACUUGAUCCAGAAUUAAUACAGAAAUACAACACACCUGGAUUUGUUGGCUGCCUCUCGAGAGUCCAGUUUAACCAGAUUGCUCCACUCAAGGCUGCUCUUGGUUCUCGUAGCAUUUCUCCUGUCCACAUUCAAGGAGAACUUGUAGAAUCAAAUUGUGGGGCCUCUCCUCUCACUAUUCCUCCAAUGUCAGCUGCCACUGAUCCCUGGCAUCUGGAUUCUGCUAGUCCAGAUUUCCCUUUAAAUGAAGAACGAGUGAUUCCAGAUGGAGUGAACCGAAACUCAGCCAUUAUUGGAGGGGUUAUAGCGGUAGUGAUUUUCACUAUCCUCUGCACACUGGUAUUCCUGAUUCGAUACAUGUUCCGCCACAAGGGAACAUACCACACAAAUGAAGCCAAGGGUGCAGAAUGUGCAGAUAACGCUGAUGCCGCCAUCAUGAGCAAUGACCCCAACUUCACAGAAACGAUUGAUGAGAGUAAAAAGGAAUGGUUCAUCUAAUGGAACAUUUACAAGACUUGAAGAGGAGUUGAGGAAGGCUGCAAGAAAAAGAAGAUUAAACGUCAGCACAUCGCUGAAGAUCAACCUAAGCAGGAGAAACCCAAGAGUAAAAGAAACUCAAAGUAUUGAUAUUAUGCUUGGGAGUUUUGAUACUAUACCAUAAACAAUUUGAAAGAACUUGCUUUUUAACCUGAAAGUAAAUUUUGUUUGUUAAAAAUUGUAGUUCUUUCGUUAUUGUUCAGAUUUUAUGAUACAUUUACCUGCCAAUGUUUAACUGACCAGAAUCCUGUUAAGCUUCCAAACAUAAUAUAUCAAGUGAUACAGGAAUAGUGUACACAAAAAAUAAUGUAUGCCAAAUGCCCAAUGUAAAUAUUUUUGUUUAAUUCAUUCUACAUGUAUAAUAAUAGAGAUUUACAUAACAAAAAUGACGUUUAGAUUGUAUUUAAAAGUUUUUGACAGAUAUUACAAAAUGGGAAAGAAUACAGUACUGGCUAACUUGGCCAUACUACUUAACAGUCUAACUUUAUGAAAAUUGUUUUGGAGUUACAUUAUUCAAAUUUUCUUUUGCAAAACAUUUAAGUUUACACAUGUUGUGUUUCCAAAAUUUGUAAUUACAAACAAAAAAAUCCCUUUCUUUUUCUAAUUUGAAUUUCCUUUGACACUACACGCAAACAUAUAUAUAUCUUGCACAAUACAGAAUGACCUGUUUUGUGUUUUGAAUGCCACUGCACACCAAAACAGUUGUGCCACUAAAAGUCAGCAGGUCGGUGGUUUGCUUGUGAUGCAGUUGCACCCAAACAUCACAAGCAACAUAACCGAUCACAGAGCUACUUUUCUCUAAUCCAUGAUGUUUGCCAAGGCCUGGGAAAUUCAUGUAAAGACAAAAUGGUUUAUCAGGAUCAUAUCCGUUAUUAGAAUCAUCACAACAUGCAUUUAAAUAUUCUUACAGUUAUUUUCAGUUUGCAGAUCAAAGCAGAGACAAAUUAGGGAGCAUAAAUAUUAAAAGUAUGUAAUUAAGAAUUUUACUUCAACAGAUGUCCAAAGACAGACCUGUGGGGGGACAAAGCAAUUGUUUGCAGUGUUCAACUUUUAAGAAUAAUAUUCCCCAGAAAUCACAUUUUUAAUGUUAAAAAAUAAUAAAUUAUACUUGUCCAGGCAUGAGUUGUACCCCUUGUCAUUUUGGGGUGUAUUCAUUCAUGUAAACUAUUUUAUUCCUUUUUACAAAACUAGGAACUGUUUUAAGGGGCUCUUCUGAACAUGGGCAAUAAUUAAAGGUUUGCAUUCUAGAUAUCAA